UGAAUACCACACCUACCUACCUAGUAGCUACCUAGGUAAGGAAGGUAACCUUCUUAACUUUUUUUCGCGAGAGAAAAAUAAAAUCCUAGGUGUUUUCUUUCAUGAGAAUUUGAGAGGUUUUAUUUUUAAAGGAGAGUGGGAUUGAAGUUACACGGAUUAUUGGGCAUCUAUCGAUAUCGUGGUACUCUAUAAAAUCUUAAAAAAGAAAGGGAAGAAAGGGAGAUUUUCGUUGAGGAACUUCGAAUUCUUAAGGAACUUCGACUCUUAGGAGCCUUCCUCAAGAGCUGCCUACGUAAAUUGGUGGAUUCAACUUCGAAUCUAUCUAUUCUUUUUAUUCUUCUGUUUGGUGUCACUUCAAACACUUAUCAAGAUGGAUUUUUCAAAACCUAUGAAUAUCGUCAUUGUAAGUUAUCCUUCCCUUGAUUCCUCAUUCCAAUUCCCAUGAUAUUCCACCUCUCCGCCCCGCCAAUCCAUCUCCAUCUCUAUUCCCAUCCCCGCCGUCAAUUCAUCUUCUCCACCUCCACCUCCACCUCACCCUACCCCUACAACCCCAUACCCCAUAUCCCAUACCCCAUACCCCGUACUAAUUCUCCCCUCCUCAAAAAAGAUCGGCGGAUCCAACACAGGCCUAAUGCACGGGGUAAUGCUCUCGCACCUGCCCACCCCACACCAAAUAACAAUCCUCGAGCGCAACCCCUCAGACAUCCGACCGGAUCUCGCAGCCGGCAUAACCACCUGGCCCGAAUUCGAAGACUUCAUGAAACACCACGAUCGCGUUGAUGAAGCAUGGUCUAUUCAUUCUCCCGGCGUGCAAUUCUUAGAUAAGGAUGCAAAUGUCAAGAGGAAGAUGGAUAAACCGUUGAAGAUGACUAGUUGGAGUGUUAUUUAUCAUCGGUUGAGGAGGAAUUUUGAUGGACUGAGUAGUGAGUUUUGUGAUGGGGAGGUGCGGGGAAUAGGUGAGGAGGAUGAAGGAAUUGGAAAGGGAGAAGGAAAAGGAAAACGAGAAUUUCUAACAGGCAUGAGUGUUACUUCUCUCACCAAAGUCGAAGAUGGUGUAGAAAUCACCUAUGAAGACCUGAAAGACUCCAACAGAGAACAUAAACUCAAAGCCGAUAUGGUAAUACUUGCCGAUGGCGCAAAUUCUACUCUCCGCGCAAAAUUCUUUCCAGAUGUUAAGAGAGAAUAUGCAGGCUAUGUAGCAUUCCGGGGUACCGUUCCCGAGUCUGAGGUUUCGGCCGAGACGAAGAGUAUUUUCGAUCCGAAUUUAACGUAUUUUUCUUACAAAGGUGGAUAUAUUCUUCUGUAAGUGAAUUCUCACAUUUUUUCCUCAUAUCAGGAACAUCAAGCCAAUAAAAUAUAGAUACAUAAUUCCCAGCUCAAGCGGCUCCUUAGCCCACGGCGACCGCCGCUACAACUGGGUAUGGUACCACCCGGUAUCCUCCUCCACCCCCUCCUUCAACGACCUCAUGACCGACACAAUGGGCGUUCAACACCGCACCACUCUCCCAGCGGGUCUCAUGAACCCCACAGCCUGGAGCCCCUACCUCACACUCUCCCAAUCCGUCAUGACAGCACCAUUCGCAGAAGUAAUAUCCAAAACUCCCUCACCCUUCAUAACAGCCAUUAACGACUCCACACUCCCUCAAGCUCUCAUCCCAGGAUUCGAUAACAGAGUCUUAAUCACUGGAGAGGCGCUCAAUCUCAUGAGACCGCAUAUGGCAUUGAGUACGACGCAGAGUGCUAUGCAGGCGCUUUUGUUGGAGAGGGUUUUUAAAGGGGAGAUGGGAUUGCAGGAAUGGGAGAAGAGGGUUUUGAAGUGGGGACGUUUGGGACAGUGUAAGACUAAUGCGUUUGGGUUGUGGAAUUUGAGGGGGUUAGGGGCGGCUUUGCCUUGGGUUUUGAGGUUGGUGGGGGUUUUGGUGGGAGUUUUGUGAUGGCUUUGUGGUGUGCCGGGGGAGGGGAGUGUAACGAUCUGGUCGAGGCAGCGGCUGCCUGAGGUUCGUAUGGUUGGUAGUUGUGGGUUAAGGCUAUUAAUCACUGGUUAUUCACUUGAAAGUGAAUUCGUUAUUAGAUCAAGUAGAAUAUAGAAAAACUAAUUGAUAACUAAGUUGAGUAUGAAGU